GCCACGACAGAACAAUGAGGGUAGUUUCGAAGGUGGAUUUUAGGUAGUAGUUUUCGAAUUGGUUUCUGUUCGGGUUUUUGUUAGAGAAUUUCUAAAGAAUACUGCAUUCUCAAAAGAAGCCAAAGGUGGUCUGCAGUUUUGGCGUCAAUGUCAUGGGUUGACAUGUUUUCUGGGUAUGUGGAUGUAGCUAACUUCUGCCCUAACUAAAGAAGGGAGCCUUCAUCAUAACUCUACCCUGGCUUUGUUCCACCAACUCCUUCCUCAGAUACCCACUGUUGUUAUUUUUUAAAUCUCCUCCUUGUCCUCCCACCCCCAGCUUAAGCCAAUGAGUACCAGAGGGAUCAAACAGUCUCAACCUAGGCAAUGGCUUACUACCUCAAGUCAGAAAGCCACCUAGACCCAGGACCCAUCUACGUGCGAGAAAAUGGGCAGCUGCACAUGGUCAAUCUGGCUCUGGAUGGGGUCAGGAGCAGCUUGCCGAAGUCAAAGCCCUUCAGACUGUUUCCCAAAGGCUUUUCCGUGGAGCUUUGCAUGAACAGGGAAGAUGACACUGCACAGAAAGAGAAGACUGAUCACUUCAUCUUCACAUAUACUCGGGAAGGGAACCUUAGGUACUCUGCCAAAUCCCUCUUCAGCCUCGUCCUGGGCUUCAUCUCCGACAAUGUUGAUCACAUUGAUUCCCUUAUUGGCUUUCCUGAGCAAAUUGCUGAAAAGCUGUUCUCUGCUGCUGAAGCCAGGCAAAAAUUCACACAGCCAGGUGCUGGGCUGAGGGCCCUACAGAAAUUCACUGAGGCCUAUGGAAGUCUGGUGCUUUGCUCCCUAUGCUUGCGAAACAGGUAUCUGGUGAUUUCACAAAAACUUGAGGAGAUUAAGUCUUUCCGGGAGCUGACCCGCUUGGAUCUUUCCUGUUGCAAACUUGGAGAUGAGCAUGAGCUUCUAGAGCAUCUCACCAAUGAGGCCCUGUCUAGUGUAACUCAACUACAUCUGAAGGAUAAUUGUUUAUCUGAUGCUGGAGUACGGAAAAUGACAGCACCAGUUCGAGUGAUGAAAAGAGGCCUUGAGAAUCUAACACUGUUAGACUUAUCUUGUAACCCUGAGAUCACAGAUGCUGGAAUUGGAUACCUCCUUUCAUUUAGAAAACUAAACUGCUUAGAUAUCUCUGGAACUGGGCUCAAGGAUAUCAAAGCUGUCAAACACAAACUCCAGACUCACAUAGGCCUUGUUCACUCCAAAGUGCCUUUGAAGGAAUUUGAUCAUAGUAACUGCAAGACAGAGGGCUGGGCUGACCAGAUUGUUCUGCAAUGGGAGCGUGUGACCGUAGAAUCAGUGCAACCACGAAAAAACAUGGACCUUCGAAAAACAGCUCUCAACUUCUAUCAGACCCGGGCGCCAAUGGAAGCCUCAAGGAAGUGUCCCCUGGCAGACACCCACAUGAACUCUUCUGGGAAACUCCAGUUCUAUAGAGAGAAAGCCUCAGACUGCCAUGGGCCAUCAUUGAAACAUGAAGCUGCCUUGAGCCAAGAGACAAAGAAGAGCAAGAAGAGAGCUUUUGAGGAGUCAGAGCCCGAACAGAAUAACACUCCACAGUCUUCAAAGCAGAAAUAUGUAUGUCUGACUGUGGACGACUGGGACUUGUUAAAUUCCUACUGACUGGGAGUUAGAAGUUGACCUCUCCCCUCAAGUGCUAAUGCACGAGGAAAGGGGACUGGUGAUGAUUUACUUUUUGUUUGAAUUUACCUAUGGCAUUAGUGUAGCAAGCAGAAAUUUAUACUUUUUGUGGUGGGGGGGAAUACUAUGGAAGUACGUGAUAAUUUCUAAUGUAUAUUUUCAAUACAUAGUAAUUUUUUCAAAUAAACCUUUUUGCUGUCCUUAA